AGAUUAAUCAAAACAAAUGUUUUGUUUCUUUAAUUUUAAAGUAAUGUGUUUAAAUAUUACUGUCUGUGUAAUGUAUUACUUAUGAAACUACUUUUGUUACUUUCAAAAUGCAAUCAUUACAUAUUACUAGUUACUUUAAUCCAAAAGUAAUCUAUUACUUUACAAUAUUACUGUCUGUGCAGAGUAAUAGAUUACUCAUCACACUCAAACAUCAGAGAAUACGUCUUCAUAACGUCGUCUCCUGACUUGGACACUUUACAUCAGCAGCUCACAGAACUGAACCAGAACCAGAACCAUAGUCGUUAGUGUGAGCAGAUUUAUUGUGACGUUCAUCUUGUUCAGAACCUUCUCUGACCCAGUUGGGUCCAUAUUGGUUCUGGUGCCGUGUUGAUGAUGAUGAGGUUUGACUUAAAUCACAACAAACUGACACUCUUUUGUUUUGUGGACUGUGAAACCUUCUGAUGACUGGACCUACAUCUGGUGGACUGCUCCUUUAAUGAACAGAACCGUUAGCUGAGUGAUGAUUAACUGACCCGGCUCGUUAUCUCAGACCCUCCUGCUGCUCGUGUCUUCAGUCCUGAGAGCAGACUGAGUGCGGCUCACUGCAGUUUGGCUCGGAGCUCCUCUGUCGGAGCAGCAGAACAGUUCUUCAGACGGCGGCGGCGCUCAGAUGAGACAUUCCCCAACAUGUGGACGAAUCUAACGGGUCGCCCUCGUCAACACUGUAACCUAGCAACCACGUCAGCAAAUCUGUGCAGACGCAGUGUUUGAAAACUCAGAUCCAACAUUUCUGUAGGUCCACGAGCAGCCGGAGAGCUGACGAACCGUCAGCAGACAGUAAAUCUAGAGUCCAUAUGUGUGUUUGUGUGAGAGGCCCGGAGACGGACCGCUGACCUGCUCACAGUGUCUCACACAAUGCAUGCUGGGAUACAUCAGCGCUCCUGGAACAGCACGGUGAAGCACAAACGGGGCAGUGUUGUUCUUUUUAUGAAGUAAUUCACUGAGAAGACCAAAACAACAACAGGAGAAGCUCUGAGUGGUUCUGGUUCUGGUUCUGGUUCUCUGUCUCCUAAAGUCCACUUCCCCUCCAGUUCCAGUCAGCAGAACAGAACCUGGAGGUCAGCUCCGGGUCACUGCUGCUGUCAGGCUGAUCAACAGGAGUGAAGACCUAUCACUUCUUUAAUCCAGAAAGUUACAAAUUAAUCUGUGUUAACGGCUCCGGAUCAGAACCUGAUGAGACUCCAGACGCUUCUAAGCAUGUUGACUUGAUCCAAAAUGGACGCCCCGCUGAACAGAACCGUGAGCCUGGCGGACUACUUCCUGGCGAGUGACGGCCUGGACUACGAGAUUCCCCUGGACGAGAUCCCGGACACCACGCAGGGCCGGGCCUUCUUCGUGGCCACCAUCGUGAUCGCGGUGGUCCUGGCGGGCAUCAUGUUGGUGUGCGGCGUGGGGAACUGCCUCUUCAUCGCCAGCCUCGCUCGCUACAAGCAGCUCCGCAACCUCACCAACCUGCUGAUCGCCAACCUGGCCGUGUCGGACGUGCUGGUGGCGGCGGUGUGCUGCCCCUUCCUGCUGGACUACUACGUGGUGAAGCAGCUGUCGUGGGAUCACGGCCUGUUGCUCUGCGCCUCCACCAACUACCUGCGCACCGUCUCGCUCUACGUCUCCACCAACGCGCUGCUGGCCAUCGCCGUGGACAGGUACAUGGCCAUCCUGCACCCUCUGCGGCCCCGGAUGAAGCGGCAGACGGCGUACUGUGUGAUCCUGACGGUUUGGAUCGUCCCCAUCUUCAUCUCCAUCCCCUCGGCCUACAUGGCCUCCGAGACGACGUACCCGCAUGUGGAAGGCGGCACCUACAAGACCUUCUGCGCUCAGAUCUGGCCCGUGGACCAGCAGGUUUACUACCGGUCCUACUUCCUGCUCAUCUUCGCUCUGGAGUUCAUCGUCCCGGUGACCGUCAUGGCCGUGUGCUACAUCCAGAUCUCCAGGGAGCUGUGGUUCAAGGACGUUCCUGGUUUCCAGACGGAGCAGAUCCGGAAGAGGCUCCACAGGCGUCGGAGGACGGUGGUGGUGCUGAUUCUGGUGCUGGUCGCCUACAUCCUGUGCUGGGCGCCGUACUACGGCUUCGCCCUGCUGCGGGACUUCUACCCCACCCUCAUCUCCAGGGACAGGAACUCCCUGGUGGCCUUCUACAUCAUCGAGUGCAUCGCCAUGAGCAACGGGGUCAUCAACACGCUGUGCUUCAUGAGCGUACGCAACAACAACAAGCGCCUGAAGAAGGACGCCAAGUUCCCGCUGAAGCUGGUGACGUUUGGCGAGGCCCGGACCUCCUCGCUCCGAGUGACGGAGGACGUGGACGGAGCUCGGAGGUCAAACCUCUGGCGGGCCGAGGACACUGGACGAACCUGGACUUAAACUUUGUUUUCUGAAGAUCUCAGACCAUCAGCUGGAGAACAGGUAAACAUAAUUUUACUCCAACAGUACGGAGCGAGAAUACACUCUCAGCCAAUCACAUCACUGGACACGCUGCUCUAAAACAGCUGAGCCAAUCAUGAGGACGAUAGGGCUCUGCAGUGAAGUGCAGCAUCUCUGAUUGGUGGAGCUCGUUACUGACUGAAUCGACACCACCUGUUUCAUUUAUACGGUUUAGUGACCAUUGACUCGUUGCUGUUGUGUCGUGUUAGUCGUGUUGCGUCACUCGUCAGUUUGUCUUUGUGUGUCUUUGUGUGUCUGCAUGUAAACACGACUCGCUGCCGUUGAGUUGAUGUUUGUGUGAGUCGAGAGCAGGAAGCUGAAUAAACCUUCACAUGAUCAACAAACA